AUGCCGUCCAACAGUCCAGCAGUGACCGAACUGCCCCAGACACCAGAAAACAAAACCUCCAACAAUGUGAGUGAAGAUGGAGCAGACCAGGACAGUCCAGAGGAGGCGACCUUGGAGACCCUCUCAAACAAGCGCCAAGUCGGCCGUCCAAGCAGGAAACGCAAACAGUUUCUUCCUGAGAUGGCAAUGAAUGACCCCUCUUCUCCCUCAACUCUGCCGGAGGACCUGGAGCCCUCCCCCUCCCCUCGCAAGAAACGUGGGCGUCGGAAACUAGAGCAUAACGACAGGAAUAAGGAUGAAGCAGACGACAGAAGCUGUGACUCCCCUAGAGAGGGGGAGACAGGGAGGUUGCGUAGGAAACCGGUCCCCAGAGUGACUUUCCAGGCUGGAGAUCCGUACUACAUCAGCAGGAGGCAGAAAGAAGAAUGGCUCAGCCGCUGGAAGAUGGAGGCAGAGAGACGGGCUUAUAGGGAAGCUGAGAUGUGCAUGAUGGACGACCUCACAUCGGAAGGUGACUUUCAAAAAGAGGAGGAACCAGCCAGCCCAGACCCCCUACCUCCCCGUCCAGAACCUCUCCCAUCCCAGCAACAAACAGAUCCUGCCUCGCCAACUGUUGCCGUAACACCAGAACCAGUUGCCCGGGGAGAGCAGGCAACACCUAGAGAGAUAGAGUACCAGGAUGGCAGGGGCUUUGGCAUUGGCACGCUAGUCUUUGGGAAGCUACGAGGUUUCUCCUGGUGGCCUGGCAGGAUUGUUUCCUGGUGGAUGAGCGGCCGUAGUCGAGCCGCUGACGGCACGCGCUGGGUCAUGUGGUUCGGAGAUGGCAAAUUCUCUGUGGUUUGUGUAGAGAAACUCAUGCCUCUGAGCUCUUUCUCAUCUGCCUUCCACCAGCCCACCUACAACAAACAACCCAUGUACCGUAAAGCCAUCUUUGAGGCACUGCAGGUGGCAAGUGUGCGAGCAGGACGACCCACUCCUUCCUGUGACCCAACUGAUGACACAGACGGUGUAGAGCCUCAGACCAGUCAGAUGAUAGAGUGGGCUAUGUCUGGCUUCUUACCUAGCGGUCCACAAUCAUUGGAUCCUCCUGAAGACGAGCAGAAUCCAUAUAAAGAUGUCUACUCUGAGAUGUGGGCAGAACCAGAAGCAGCCUAUACUCCUCCCCCUGCCAAGAAACCUCGCAAGAAUGCCGCGGAAAAGGCCAAAAUCAGAGAGGUGAUCGACGAAGGAACCAGAGAGAGACUUAUACAGGAGAUUAAAAAGAAAACGCGGAACAUCGAAGAUAUCUGUAUCUCCUGUGGAAGUCUCAGUGUUUCUCUGGAGCAUCCCCUCUUUAUGGGUGCAAUGUGUGUGGGUUGCAAAAAUUCCUUUUUAGAGUGUGCCUACCAGUAUGAUGAUGAUGGCUACCAGUCCUACUGCACCAUCUGCUGCGGAGGCAGGGAGGUGCUCAUGUGCGGCAACAACAACUGCUGUAGGUGUUUCUGCGUGGAAUGUGUUGAUCUAUUGGUUGGAACCGGCUCAGCAGCGGCAGCCAUCAAAGAAGACCCUUGGAACUGUUACAUGUGUGGACCCCGAAAUACUUAUGGGUUACUGCGGCGACGGGAUGAUUGGCCAUGCCGACUGCAGCAUUUUUUCGCCAACAAUCAUGAACAGGACUUUGAGCCAGCCAAAUUAUAUGCUCCAGUUGCAGCAGAGAAGAGGCAGCCAAUCAGAGUUUUAUCACUGUUUGAUGGCAUCGCAACAGGUCUGUUGGUGCUAAAAGACCUGGGCAUCCAGGUUGAUAAGUAUGUGGCGUCCGAAGUGUGUGAGGACUCCAUCACCGUCGGCAUGGUCAGACACCAGGGACGAAUUAUGUAUGUGGGAGAUGUACGCAACGUAACCCAUAAGCAUAUUGAAGAGUGGGGACCAUUUGACUUAGUGAUAGGAGGAAGUCCCUGCAAUGACCUCUCCAUAGUGAACCCUGCAAGGAAAGGCCUUUACGAAGGAACUGGGCGAUUGUUUUUCGAGUUUUACCGUCUUUUGCACGAGGCUCGACCAAAAGAAGGUGACGAGCGACCUUUCUUCUGGCUCUUUGAGAACGUGGUUGCAAUGGGAGUCAGUGACAAACGGGACAUAUCUCGCUUUUUAGAGUGCAACCCUGUGAUGAUCGAUGCCAAGGAAGUUUCUGCUGCCCAUCGUGCUCGAUACUUCUGGGGAAACCUGCCUGGCAUGUCAAGGCCCCUUAGCCCCAUGACGAAUGACAAGUUGGACCUGCAAGAGUGUCUUGAGCAUGGUCGUACUGCCAAGUUUGAGAAGUUGCGUACGAUAACGACUCGCUCCAACUCUGUGAAGCAGGGGAAAGACGAGCAUUUCCCUGUCUACAUGGACAACAAGGAGGACAUCCUCUGGUGCACUGAGAUGGAAAGGGUGUUUGGUUUCCCCGUCCACUACACUGACGUGUCCAACAUGAGUCGUCUGGCAAGGCAAAGACUGCUGGGACGUUCAUGGAGUGUUCCUGUCAUCAGGCACCUCUUUGCCCCUCUUAAGGAGUACUUCGCCUGCAACUAG